AUGAGACACCCUUUUCCAUGCAAUCUUCGCAAGGAAUGCGAUCAUGCCUCAGCCAUCCUGGAGUCCGGGAGUGUGAAAGACACGAAGAGCAAGGUCAAGUCCGUGCUGAAUACGAUCCCACCUAAGCUGUUCAGAAGCUGCAAGGGCGUUGCCAUCGCAACCCUGGCGCAGAUGAGUAUCCUACUAGGUGGUGUUAAAGGUGGCUCCGGCGUUGUUUUGAAACAUGAUCCGAAAACAGACGAAUGGAGCGAUCCGAUAGGUUUUGGACUCGCCGGUGGAUUAUUUGGUUUCCAGUUAGGAAUAGCUGCGAUUGAUCUGGUAAUGAUUCUGACAACAGACAACGCAGUAAAGGCCUUUGCACGCGGCAACGUCACGCUGGGUGGAGAGAUUGGCUGUGCUAUUGGACCACACGGACGGACACUCGAGGGAGACAUCGCGAUCAUGAACAUCUCUCCCGUAGUUACAUACAGUUUCUCUCGCGGUCUGCUGUUCUCAAUGUCUGUUGAGGGUGUCGGUAUCAUCCAACGACCAGAUUCUAACAAAAAGUUUUACGGACAGGAUGUGGAUACCAUGGAUGUGCUAAACGGCUUCAAAGACCUACAACCAGUCAAGCCUCAGGGUGCUACAGCGAUCAGGCGGCUACAUAAGUGUCUGCAGAUGCGAGGAAUGGGGGAAACAUUCAAGGACGACAGAGGCAGUCUGUCACCGGAGAAUGUGCCGCCCUCCCGCCCGCAGACUGGCGCAACUGCGAAGCCCAGAUCAAACUCAUACAGCGGUAAGACUGGUACUGCCCCUGCGGCAUCAACGGGGUACGUGACCAACGCCACCAAGAACACGGGUGGGUAUGAAAAGAGCACAUACACUGCCAAGGCAUAUGGCAAGAAGAGUCCAGAGCCACCACGGGCAAGAACCCCUCCAGCUCCGGCCGCCGCAACCGGAUACGCAGCAUCCUCGUACAAGAGUUCGGGCUACGGGUCAAAUAACACGGAGAAGUCUACGUAUACUAGCAGUGGGUACGGCAGUAACAAGCAGAGCUCACCAGCCUCUACAUACACUAGCAGUGGCUAUAAAAGCCCUAGCGCCCCUAGCGCCCCGAGGGCCCCGCCCCCCACCACUACGUAUACACCCCCAGCUACGAGCAUAUAUAGUGGAGGCGGUGGUUACAACAGUAGCAGUACCUACAACAGUACUAGCAUCUACGAUAGAAAACCCGCAUGCAACAGCAGCACAAGCUCGUCGAACCGCCGGUAA